AUGUGGGCUAGAGGCAGAGUAGAUGCAGGUCAAGAAGGUGAAGCAGCUCGUCAGCUCCUGCAAUUGCCCUCUCUACCUUCGGUGCCGAAUUUGCCUAAACUAACAAUGCCACCAUUGCCUUCAAUACCAACACUGCCACUGCCAACAUUGCCAACCACUCAACCAUCGCAGCCUAAGCCUACACUGCCUCCUCUUCCUAGCCUGCCAACAAUGCCUUCUGUCCCUAAGGUCACCUUGCCUCCACUUCCAAGCAUGCCCACAAUCCCAACUACAAUUCCCUCCAUCCCCUUCCUCUCCCCACCUCCGGGAAAUUAG